GACCGACUUAUCACUUGCGAGUACGCUGUACGCGUUUUUCAAACUUUAUGAUUUUGCCAUUUUCCGUUUUAUGCUACACUCUACAGGCCGUUUUUUUAUUAGUGCAGCAGUUAGUUUUAAAAUUGUUAGCCUUCGAUGAAAAUUGACUGGGAAAGUGACUACCUGUACACUUUUGAAGGUUGGGAAAAAUGUCUAUUGGCGACGGAACAUCUUAUCCGUUCUUGGGUCUGAUACCCAAACGCGAAACCGGAGUGUACGAUUUCCUUCGUAAACAUCCUACAUUCGAUGGCCGAGGUAUCAAAAUGUGCAUUAUGGACAGUGGCGUCGAUCCUGGCGCGGAGGGCUUACAGGUAACCACCACGGGGCAACCCAAGGUGAUCGAUAUCCUCGAUGCUUCGGGCGCGGGGGACAUCGAUACGUCUACCGUCGUGGAAGCGGACGCGGAGGGGUUCCUGACGGGUCUCACGGGACGAAAGCUGCAUUUGAACAGGAACUGGCACGCGGAAGAUGGGAAAUUCCAUCUGGGAGUGGUGCGGCUGUUCAGUGUGGUGAGUGAGGAUUAUCAUGAUGCGUGGAAGAAGGCGCGGAAGAUGGAGAAGUGGAUGCCGAGGCAUGCUGAAGUUGUUUCUGUGGCCAUGCAGCGAGUGGCAGCAGCGCCUGCCAGUGAUGCUCAGACAAAAGAAGAAUUGGACGCCCAACUGGAAGUGGCCAAACUGUUGGAUGACAAGUAUGAGGACUUGGGACCUGUGAUGGAUAUUGUUGUCUUUCAUGACGGGAAGAUAUGGUGGGCGGCUCUGGAUACGUCGGAAACGGGUGAUUUGACCAAUGCGGCUUUGUUAACGGAUUAUCGGGACCAGUUCAAAUACGGAACUAUUGGAGGAAUAUACCAGAUUAAUUAUACUCUCAACAUCUUGGAUGAUGGAAACCGAGUGGAAUUGGUCAUUCCACAAGAGCACGGUACCCAUGUGGCCUCCAUUGCGGCGGCCCAUUUUCCUAACACCCCGGAAAGGAACGGCAUGGCGCCUGGAUGCCAGAUCGUCUCCAUUAAAAUUGGCCACACUUUACUGGAUGGAAGCAAUGAAACGGGGACAUCUUUAGUGCGGGCAUUCUUGUACUGCAUGAAGAACGGUGUCGAUAUUGUCAACAUCAGCUACAAUGAGCCUUAUAACUGGAGUGAUGGUGGUCGCGUCUUCGAAGCUAUCGAAAUGGCCGUAAAACAGUACGGGAUGAUUGUCUGCGUGGCCAACGGUAAUGCCGGGCCGGGUCUGACUACCGUGGGAUCUCUGCCAGCUUCUCCGUAUACGUUUGGAAUCGGAGCCUAUGUGACACCGGACAUGAUGAAAGAGUUGUACGGUUUAACCCACAAACAUCCCGCUUUGAUGUACAACUGGACCAGUCGCGGUCCGACACUGAACGGACAUCUGGGAGCGUGCGUGUGUGCACCGGGUGGAGCCGUGGCGUCCAUACCGACAUACACAUUAAAGAACAGCAGUUUGUUUAACGGAACGUCCAUGGCGUCGCCCAAUGCGUGCGGCAGUCUGGCGGUGGUGUUGUCGGGACUGCGAGCACGACAGAUUCCCUGGAGUGCGUUUCAUGUGCGACGCGGCAUGGAGUUCACCGCGAAGAAGCUGGAUCAGACGGCGGACUCACGGCUGGCGCAUGGAUAUGGGGUGGUGCAAGUGCAGGAGACGUUCGAGUGGUUGUGCAAGUGGGCGAAGGAACCGGAACGAGAUGUGGACAUUCAGGUUUCGGUUGAACAUGGAUCUGGAAUUUAUAUUCGGCAUCCAAAUCAGCUCGGUGAUUGCAUUUGUACAGUUGGCGUUGAUCUGACGUACCCAAGAAAACUGGAGCAUUAUGCGGAAGCUGCGAAAUUAUGCUUAAAUGUGGCACUGUCAACGACGGCCGACUGGGUGCGAAGUGCGGAAUUUGUUACGAUAUCUACCGGAAAAAAGACAUUUAAAGCAGAAGUGAAGACUUCUCAUUUGGCUCCUGGACUGCACACCGCCAGUAUUCUUGGUCACGAUGCGAGAUAUUUCGAUAAGGGUCCUGUAUUUGUUGUUCCCGUGACCGUCUGUAUACCAGAAUUCAAGAACGAAUGGGCCAUCCAAAAGAACGGCAUGGUGUUCAAACCAGGACAUCCUUUGCGCACCUUCAUUCAAGUUCCGCCUGGAGCAACCUGGGCCGAAUGGAGGCUGCAGUUGGUAGACUACCACGAUUCAGCCCCCUGUCCGAUGGAUGCUAGUCCGAUCCUGAAUUUCGAAUACCACGCCAUGCAACUAUCUCAGAAUGCGCAGUACAAAACCCACAUGUUCCGUGAAACGACCGCGUUUCCACUGCGCCGGGUGGUUUCGGUGGUGUUUCCGGUGUCGGAUCGCCUGGGUUUUCUGGAACUGGCCGUCGCGUUGUUCUGGAAUAGGAUAUCCUCGGUCGUUAUGGACUGGUCGUUGGAUUUUCAUGGAUUGAAACCGAGUGUGCCGGAGAUUGUGUAUCAAGAAGGAGAAGCGUACUAUCGGGUGGAUGUGGAUGCCGGUGGCCGAAGCGAGUUUUUACAGCCGUCAGUUUCGUUAACGCACUUAGUGCAGCCGAUUCGCCCGAAUGAAUUUUCCAUAUCACCCUUAUCCUCUCGCGAUACGUGGCCGGAUGGCCGCAUCACCUAUCAGCUGAUCCUGCAGUACCAGUUCAGCAUGACUAAAACCGCCACAGUGGAAGUGACGUGUCCGAUGGUGAUGGACUUCCUGUAUGAGAAUGAGAUUGAAGGGCAAAUGUGGAAGCUAUACGAUGCUAAUAAACGAAUGCUCCGGUGUGGGGAAGCGAGAGUCAUGCGGAAGAUUGAUUUUACGGCUAAACUAAACAAAGGUGAUUUUGUCGUGUACGUACAACUGCGACAUGAUAACCGAAAGAUUCUGGAAAGGUUUCAAGAUAUGGUGGUCCAUUUGAGAAAGAAACUCACUCCUCCUCCUAUUACUUUUGAUAUCGUGCCCACAUAUCUAGCCGCUUUGCGUGGCGGGGAUGAGAAGUUUAAAUCAUGUAUUUUGUCGCCCCAUCAGUCCCAGUUUUUCUUUCUAAUGCCUCCUAGUAGUGACAAACUGGGGAAAAGUGUGCAUGGAUCUUAUUUUGUGGAUGGUUGCUUGUACUUUGCUGUCUCGAGAGAUCAACCAGCUGAUGCCAAACGGAAUGCUGGAGCAUUUCCGUUGAAGUUUAUUCUGGCUGAACCGGGUAAAGGCAAGGCGGGAGGUAGUAAGGCUGGAUCGAAGGAGGGUAACAAGGAUUUGGAUGAUCCGGUUCUCGCUCAUCAGGUGGCCUUUUUCGAUAAAAUUUCGGAUUUGGGAAAGAAGGCCGAGUUGUACGAAAGUUUCUUAUCCGAUAACAAGAGCCCGAUACAGCAGCUCAAAGUUCACCAUACUUACCUGCUGUCAUUGGCAAAAGCUCUCGAUAACAAGAAACAAGCGGAAUCGGCCAGUCUAGAAAAAUUGGCUUCCGCCAUGACAACUACCUGUGAUGCAAUAAUUGCCGCUGUUGAUGAGAAAGAGCUGCUAGCUCAGUUAGGUGCCCAACCGGAAUCCGUCGAAGAAGAAGUCCGGCCCAGUGUGGAUUUGCAAAAGUCCGCGCUGACAGACGCUUUAUAUCACAAAUGCAUGCAGCUGAACCGGAAUAUGGAAGAUAAACAGGAUCCCGUAGCUGAAGCUCUCGGUCUUCGCCUGCGGAAAUUUCUCGACCCCAAAACGGAUGCCCGAUAUGCGGAGAUGAUGGGAUUUCGUAGCAAUAAACUGGGAUUACAUGGGAGAGCACUGAAAUUUUCAAUACAAGCGUUGGAAGAUAAACCGACUCUGAAGGGAUACAAGGAGGCAGCGGAAUUGGCUGAUAAACUGAACUGGCCACAUGUUAGAGAUUAUUUACUGGAAAAAUUACCGGUGUUAUUUCCGAACAAAUAUGACUUGUUUUAAAUUUGUUAUUUAAUGAAUUUUCUGAUUUCUUUGGUUUGCGGUAACUGGUUUUUUUAUGGCGGUAUUUUUAUUGUUAUUGUGACUGCAGCAGGCACUUGCCUGUACGUUGCAGUUUCUGUGUUGGAAAUUACAACUGCAGGCAUAUUAUUGUUGAAGUAAUUUUUUAAGCAAUAACGAUGUGAUCAUUUGGCUAAUAAGUUGAAAAGCCUUGAAGACACACAGUGUGUCCAAAACUUUAUUUUUCGCGAAUUUUCAAUGACAGCGCUG